AUGGCGUUCGCCGUCAUCUCGGGCGCGUGGUACAGAUUGGUUUAUGAAAAUGUGCCCGACCCGUACCUUGAUGAAUUCUUUCAUGUGCCGCAAGCGCAGAGAUACUGCAACAACGACUAUACGUGGGACCCGAAGAUCACCACCCCGCCAGGCCUGCGAUUCCUAAGAGGCUGUGAUACGGCAUCCCUCAGGUUGCUGAAUCUUGAAGCUAUUAACCUUACCUGUUUUCUGACUUACCACAUCCUCCGAACCAUUCAUAAGCCAUCACAAAAACAAGAAGACGGGCAAGGGGAACCAGCGGAUGAAAGAUCAUCGGUGCUUGAUGCACAUGCAGCGGUUAACAUCAGCCUCUUCCCGCCGCUUUUCUUCUUCUCCGCGCUCUACUACACGGAUGUUAUGUCAACCCUGGUUUUGCUCCUCAAUUACUAUGUAUUCCUCAAAAGCAAGGAUGACAGGGCCAACAUUUGGAAGAAUAUCGUAUCGGUUGUACUGGGUAUAGCAGCGCUUCUCUUCCGGCAAACAAACAUCUUCUGGGUGGCAGUUUUUCCGGCUGGACUCGCGGUUGUCGAAUCUCUAAAGAAGGACGAAGCAGCUUCCGCAGAGUCUACUCCCCAAGAUGGAAAUCGUAUUCUCGAAAAGAGCUGGAGCUAUGAUCAAGUCUACGAUUGCUCCGUCCAGAAUGCUGGUAUUCUCGACUAUAUGCUAUUUCCCCUUUCCAUCGCUCUCGCAGCCAUCAGAAAACCUGUUCUGGUCUUAAGGGCUGUGGCUCCUUAUCUAGCCUUGUUGGGCCUGUUUGCUGGCUUCGUGGCCUGGAACGGCGGUGUCGUCCUUGGAGAUAAAUCGGCCCAUAUGGCGACCAUACAUGUGCCACAGAUGUUGUAUUUCUGGCCAUACAUGGUCUUCUUCUCCAUUCCACUUACGAUGAGCUCACUGCUACCGGCUAUCGCUCAGUUUCUUCCUGGUCCCGUCAAGGCCUUCUGUGAAGACCACCUCAUCCGCAAAUCCAGAACAGUGGUCCCAGGUUUCGUCUCUUCAACCUUGUUCAUGCUUUUUGGUCUGGCCGCCGUCCACUACAACACUAUCGUUCAUCCCUAUACUCUAGCAGACAACCGCCACUACGUUUUCUACACCUUCCGGAUCCUGAAUCGACAUCUGGCAAUCAAAUAUCUAGCAGUGCCAUUGUACUUUAUUUGUGCCUGGAUGACCGUCCAUCCCUUUGGGACGGAGCUCGAAAAUGAGGCGGAUGUGAAGCGAAACCGUGGGAAGCCCCGUCCUACCAGCCGCGAUGUCGAUCGUCAGCCCUGCCAGAUAAGCUUCGUUAUGGUAUGGAUAGUAACCACUACACUCUCUGUAGUGACGGCGCCUCUCGUCGAACCUCGCUAUUUCAUCAUUCCAUGGAUCAUUUGGCGGUUGCAUGUGCCGAAUCUCCCAAGCCGAUGCUCCUCUGGCGGCUCUCUGAAGAAGAUACAAUAUGACCUACGACUAGUCCUGGAAACAAUCUGGCUUAUGAUCAUCAAUACCCUCGUCGGAUACAAUUUUCUCUAUCGCGGAUUCUCGUGGCCCAGCGAGCCGGGCAAAAUCCAGCGAUUCCUAUGGUAG